AUGCCCCAAGACCUCUCAAAGCAGCUUCGGGGUCUUCCCCUGAAAACUACAGCCGAGGCCUGUGCUGGCGGGACCUACAUAGUAACCGGCGCAAACACCGGUCUCGGCCUUGAAGCUGCAAAACAUCUCGUGGCUAUCGGUGCCGCAAAAGUUAUUCUUGGUGUGCGUGAUCUCACCGCAGGCGAAGAAGCCAGGGCCGAGAUCGCGAAGGAGACUGGCAAAAACACCGCUGAAGUAUGGGAAGUCGACCUUUCAAAAUAUGUCUCCGUGAAAGCUUUUGCAGACAGGGCCGUUGCAGAGUUGGACCGAAUUGACGCUGUGAUUGAGAACGCGGGUGUUGCUGCCUUGGCGGGUCAGGCGGAAGGCCAUCUGAUACAAUUCACUGUCAAUGUUUAUAGCACUUUCUUGAUGGCCGCUCUUCUCUUUCCUAAGUUGAGAGAAAGCGCAAAGAUGUUUGGCAUUUUGCCUCAUUUGAUCAUCGUGACAAGCAACUCCGUUUUUGAUAUCCAGAAGAUCUGGGAUACGGUGAAAGAGGAUCCUUUAGUGAAGUCAGAUACUCCAAACAUCGGAAUGGGAGCUUAUCCCCUUAGCAAGCUGUUUGAAAUUUAUGCUGUGCGGGAGCUUGCUGAUAUCCUUCCCGUCUCGCAGACCGGCGUUGUUAUCAAUGCCGUAAACCCUGGUCUAUGCAAGACUUCUCUUGCUAGAAAUGCGCCACCUGCUUUCAAGGAGCAAUUAGCUCAGAUGCAUGCGAGCUUCGGAAGAACCGCUGAGGAUGGUAGUCGAACACUUCUACACGGAGCAGUUGGUGGAAAAGAAAGCCACGGGUCUUAUUUAGACGACUGUGAGGUUGGCGAUCACAAGCUUCCGUCUUGGAUCACAGAAGACUCCAAGAAAUACCAGGGUAAAAUCUGGAAUGGUAUAGCGAAGGAGCUAGAGACAGUUUCUCCGGACUCGGUUAAAAGACUAUUGGCAAAUUAG